AUGGGGUGCAGGUGCUGUAAAAUGAUACAAAGCUAUCUCUUUGAUCCAGUUCAAGUGCCCUCACCUGGCUAUGUCAACGAAGUCAACAGCUGCAAGGUGGAUGAAGACAACACCGUUAAAUUAAAAGGCAAACAGAGCAGCUACGACCUUGUGCGGAGGAAUGACUCUCAGAAGGAGGGCUUGAAGAGGACUGAGAGCAAAGGCAGGACAGCUGGUCCACAGGAGCCUGACUGGCCUCCACAAGGACCGUUCCCACAGGGGAACCUUGGAGGGGGACACUGUGCGGAGAAGACUGGUGGUGCCAUCAAUGGCAUCGGCCCCACUGCCCCUCCGCAGCCCACUGGGAGUCCCAGGGCCUCCCAGGGUGACAGGGGCUCCUGGGCCAGUACUACAAGCAGUGCUCACCCAACGCAACCCUUCCUGGAAGGAGGGGACACUAGGAGGCAGGAGUGUGUCCUGCUGGCCUCAGAAGAGACCCCAGCCUUACAAAAUGGAGACUCCAGAGCCCCUCCUAAGGCAGGAAGUCCUGCCUUGGAAGUACAAGACCGUGUCCUCCAGAUACCAGCCCCAGAUUACCCUCAGUUUGGGGACCCGGCUGUAGACAACGUUGAUCAUGAAGAAAAGGACUAUCUUUUCGAGAACCACACUGAGGAUGACCCCCCAGAGGGAAUUCACCCCACGGUGGAGGAGCAAGGCUUGCAUGGGCCCUUCUCCAUGAAGAGAAGCUGGGAUUCCUUAAAUGAAGCCGUGGCCACAGAAGUUCUGAGUGUCUACUUCAGAGAGGGGGGCUCUGCUGAUGCCAUGCCUGAGGCUGACUCAAGAGCCAGGCCCGAGCAUGCCCAUGCCCCCGACGGAGACAGGGAUGGGGAGAUGGCAGAGGAGGACGCGGCGGUGGCAGAAGCCCUUGCAGCUUUAGAAGCUGCCACUGCAGGAGAAGAUGUGGAAGAGACAGAUUAGGGGAAGGGACUCAUGCGGCAAGCCAGGGAGUAGCACGCUGAGUGUGUGGAGACGCGUCCGCUCCCUCGACGCACAGCCGAUCGUCCUGCCAGCAGUCGCCGGCACAGGUUGACCAGUUGUUUACAGGCAUCAUCUGUUCUGAGUGUCACUACCUGUGCCUGCCACUCGUUAAAUACUUGGAGCAUCACUCUGCGUUGAUGGGCUGCCAUUCAGGACACCAGAGUAAAAAAUCUGAGUGGGCCAUUAUGCCCAUGUCCACAGCAAAUGCAAAAAUUAAGCAGCCUGAUUGCCAGUUCUCAGCAUUCUCCAGAGUACGUGGCACAUAGGUCCAUGCAAAUGCUCCGAGUUCCCAAUGCUUGACCCCAAGAGCACACAAUCACAGAGCAUUCUGAGCGACUCUGAAUUCUUUACCUUGCUUUUGUGAGAGCCAAAUACGGUACCCAACCCGGAAAAGGUAACCACCCCACUUAAAGUGCCUAAUGUGUUCCCAGAGCAUGGCUUAAUAACUUCAGGGACAAUCACCCAGGAAUCUAAUAACUAACCACUUGUUCAACAGCGAGUUCUAAGCUAAAGCAGCUUUCAGGCUGGAAUCAAAGUCGCCAGUAAACAAAUGGUUAGUCAUUAGCUGUGACAUGAUUUUAAAACACCUGGACCUUACCUUUUUUACAUUAUUAUUUUUUGAUCUCCUUUGGUUUUGGGGAGGCUGGCCAAAAUCAUUUUGGAAACUGCUUGUGCCAUACUUGGGUUUUAAGUUUCAGAACAGAAAAGCCAUAUAUGGAAUGCCAUUAAAAGUCUGAUUCUGAU